AUGCACGGUGGCGUGCGGUUCUUCGUGUACCCGCUUCGCAACACGUCGAAGCUUGCCGCCAUCAAUGCGGAGAUCUUGGACCGCAACCGAGGGUGGGUGUACAACGAAUGGAACCAGCACAACCAGUACAUCCCCGAGCACGUGUUUCAUGAGAACUUGCUGCAUGCCGCACACAGCCCUCUCUUCACCACGGAUCCGGCAAAUGCCACCCAUUUUCUCCUCCCGUUCUAUGGGCGCAUUGGCAUGUACGAGGGCGACCUGCUGCCGCGGCUGCAGGACGCGCUGCUGUCUGAGCUGGCAUCGAGCCCGUGGUUUCAGCGGUCUCGCGGGAGCGACCAUAUCCUGGUGUGGUCGUCGCAGCGGCCACUUGAGCGGCUGCUGGGCCCCACGCUGCUGCGCCUCCUGCGCGCCAACAGCCGCGUGCGCUUCCUCGCUGUUGAGGACGACGACCCGCGGCCGGGCGUCCUCCGAUUCAUCCGCGGUCGCGACAUCAAGAUCCCGCCAUAUGUGCCGGCGGCCGUGGCCGCGCUGGCAGAAAACGUCACCCUGCAACAACAGCAACAACAACAACAAAAACAACAACAACAACAACAGCAGCAAACGUAUGAACAAGGGCAACAAGAGCAGCAGCAGCAACAACAGCAGUACAGCACCACGUGGGCCAUGAGCAACCCGCGAGUGAUCAGCAGGAAGGGGCAAGCACGGAGCGCUCAACACUCCAACCCCAACACCAGUAGCACCAGCAGCAGCAACACCCGUAGCAGCACGAACAGCAAUCGCAUGGGAAAUGGUGUGCGUGCACCGCAGACGUCAGCGCGUGCCCGAGACACGUUUCUCUUCUUCGCAGGGACGCUGUCCAACAACCGCGUGCGAACGGUGCUGAAGAAGGCGGUGGAGGGCCACCCGCACUGCGUGAUUCACGAUGCGCAGGUGAAGAUGAUGCAGGACAAGAAUCCCCGCUCCUCCCACUCACUGCUGGUGCGUCAGGUUGUGCGCGACACGCUUGCGGAGAUGGCCACGUCGGAGUUCUGCCUGUGCCCGCGUGGCCUCACAGCUGGCACGCGGCGCAUAUUCGAGGCUGUCCUCGUGGGCUGCAUCCCCGUGAUUGUGUCUGACGGGUACACGUGGCCCUUUCCGCACCUUGCGGCGGAACUGGACGCCGCGUCCGUGCGCGUGCCGGAGAAGGACGCUGCACGUGUUCUCGACAUUCUUGGGCACGUUUCGCGACGCGAGCGGGUGGCGAAGCGCGUGCGUCUUGCGCACCUCGCACACAACGUCACCUACCACUUGCCGGCCCCACAGCCUGGCGAUGCAUUCUACAACAUCAUUCGCGCAAUAGCGGACACGCAGCAGCACUGA